AUGGCUUCGCUCUCCCGUUACCCGGCCAGAUCGCUCGAAAGAGACCAAUGGUUUCUUGCCUCAUAUCACCCAGCCACGGCAUCAUACAUGGCUACCCUGGUAUCAGAAGUGAAAAACGCUAAGGACAUCGACUUUCUCGCACCUUGCAGCUUUUAUGCCAAGAUCACAAUUUCGAGAGCGAACCUUGACUUCCUCCACCUGAUGGGAGUGGGUAUCAAUAUCAAGGACAACGAAGGAUGGACGACACGCCGUAUUCCAGCGUCACAAGAAUAUGCAAAUCGUCAGUGA